ACAAUAUAAAGUAAAAUUGUAUUGAAGUUUUUAAUUAAUUACAGACCAUUAAAUAUAUUUAGAUUGAAUACAAAAAUGGAAAAAAAAAUUGUAAAAGAUAUUGGGAAGAGGAAGUUUCUCAGAUCAAGCAAAAACAAACUUUUUAUCAUAAAUGAGGCUAAACCAGCUAUUACAUGUCUUCAACUCCCUACUGGAAUGGAUGUUCUUCAACACAUUGUCUACAGAAGAUCACUACUUCCUCAUAAUGUUAAGAAGUCAGCAAUUUUAUCAUGCCCUCCUUACAAGAUUCUGGGUUACAAGAGAUGUGAAGUAGAUGAUUGUGAAUGCAUUUUAGGCUUAAUUAAAAGACCAUGGCUUAAAGCGGGAUUUCAAGUAAUGUCAGAUAAAAGUAUUAUCAAGAACCUUAUGAAGAUGGACAAGACGUAUUCAGAUUUGAGUAGAAAUAAAUGCAGAGGAACAGCUAGAAACAAGGUUAAUCAAGGGGAGUUUAUUUCAUUUUUGAAAAGGCUGUUUUGGAUUGGUUCUACAGAUUUAAAGAACCAAAUUAGGAUGGAUAAAAAACGCUCAGAUAAAGAUAAGCACCAUGAUUUAACUUUUUUGGAAGACCAGGAAGGACCGAGAUAUUUUAGUUUGGGAUCAGAAGAUAGAAAAUUUAGCAAAAAGGUUUUGUGUUGUUUUUAUUGGGUUAAUUUGAUGUUUUUUAUUCAAAUUUGCUAAUUUAACAUACAUUAUUUGUUAAUACACAUAAACUAUGUUAAAACAAAUUUUAGGUUUCUGACUAACUAAAAAAAACUAUGUUGAAACUAAAUUUUAGGUGUGAGGAAGAGGACAAGGCUAGAAGACGAAUCUCCUAAGAUUGAUGCUACCUCAGAAUUAGACUUUCACUGACACUAGCGCUGAUUCUGAUUCAGAAUUUGAACCCAAAGGGUGGCAUCAUAGAAGAGCAGAUGAUUGCAACAUUACUGCCAAAGUCCCUAAGAAUAUUUUUGAUGGAAAUGUAUCUAUCAUAGUUACAGCAAAUGAUAUCUUCCCCAAUGUCUUACAAAAAGUAACUGAAGCAAUUCUUCAAGAUUGUGGAGUUGAUAUCGCAAAAUGCAAAGCCAGUGCUUCAACAGCAUUAAGGAAGAUGAAAAAAACUGCUAAGGAUACUGCAGAAAUUGCUAAAUUAGAUAUAAAGAAGGCCGUGGAAAAAAGCCGUUAUCCCUGUAUAAUUCAUUUUGACGGAAAGACUUUGUUUGAAAUAAAUCAGGGAAAAAGACUGAAGAAUGAAAGAUUAGCUGUGCUCGUUAAUAUUGAGGGGGUGUCGCAUCUUCUUGGAGUACCUGCCUUGCCGUCUUCUUCAGGUGAAAAUAUGUAUAUAGGAAUCAUGAAAAUACUAGAAGAAUAUGACCUCAUUUCAAAAGUAUGCGGAGUAUGCUUUGUUACAACUUCAAGUAAUACUGGUUCUAAGAAAGGAUCACUUACUAGGAUUGCAAGAGAGGUUGACAAAUACCUUCUUCUACUAGCAUGUAGGCAUCAUAUCAUUGAGCUUAGAAUGGUUCAUUUCUGUGAAGCAGUGAUAAAAGAGAAUAGCGUAGGGCCUGAAAAUCCUUUAUUCGUAAAGUUUAAACAUAUGUUUGAGAACCCUAACUUCAAAUACGACGAAAAUAACGUGACCUCUCUUGAUUGGAAAACCGUGGAAGGAACAGUUUUGAAGGAAGCUGCAAGGUAAAACUUUAGAUUACUGUGAGACCUAUAUUACUAAAAAAUGCAAUAUGAGGAAUGACCGAAGAGAGUUGGCUGAGCUAACCAUGCAGUAUUUAUCCCCUUCUGCACAUUUCAAA